CCCGCGAAAUUUAUCCUGUUCUAUUUGGGUGUGUGUGUGUGUGUUGUGAACACAUACAUCCAUUGUAUAUGUAUGUAUGUGUAUGGAAGUUACGUUUUCUCUUGGAUAUAAAACGGACAACCAAACGAAAUGAAAAGUCCAUUUGGUGGUUUUGGUAGUUCAUUGUUUAUGCCAAUGUAUUCAAGACGAUUAAAUCUACAUUCCGGUUUUUAUGGUUCACGUUAUGGUAGUCCACAUGGAUUUGGUAUGGUUGGUGGUUCACGUAAUGGUCAAGGUUUUGUUGGUAAUCCCGGUAUUGGCAUACGACAAUCAAGUGAAACAUUAGCUAAUGUUUAUCCACAAAUGUCUUAUAGUCCAUCAUUAUCAUCAUAUGGUAUAACACCAUCAUCAUCAUCAUUAUUGAUGAUGCCGUCUUCAUAUUCAUCAUCACCAUUGUCAUCAUUAUAUGGUGGUGGUCAUUCAUCAUUCGGUGGAUCAUUUUUGUCAUCACCAAUUAUUGGUUAGAUUUUUCUUACAAAAAAAAAAAAUGAAUGAAUGAAAAAAAACCCACUGAAUGAUCGAUCAAUCGGAUAUGACAAAGAAAACAAAUA